GGAAGCUGGGCGGAUCAACCAGAAAGCGCGUCUCAUCUCAAUUCGGUAUAAAAGGCCACAGACCUGUUCCGCGCGACACUUGCCGCAUCGCUUGUUUCUGUGGUUGCUGGGGAAACGGAGACACCUCUCCAUUAUGUACAGGCUCCUGGUACUUGUAUCGACGGUCGGCUUGGCAACAGCAGAUGUUGGCCUUGGUUAUAAUUACUACAAACCUCAAACAAAUUUUGGACCUUAUAGACGACCAUCAUAUCAAGAAAGCGCUAGUUCCAGUCAAUAUAAUAUCGGUUAUAACAAUGCCAACGGGUACAACUACAACAACAACGGUUACCCAGGACUGAAUGCCGGCUUCCAGAAUACUGCUAAUACUGUUUAUCAUGGUGUAAACCAGGGAUUCAAACCAGCCAUCAUAAAAGGUGACGUUGUUGGUAGCAACUCUGAAUUCCAAAAUAGAUUUCAAGGUGUCUACAACACCGGUAAUGUAUAUAAAGAGUCUGCUGCUUAUCAGGGUGCAAAUGUUGCAAAUCUGAAUGAAAUAAACAAAGCCAGCUAUCAGGUACAAUCUCAACAGGCACAAGUAUUUAAGCAUUUUUAUGUUCAUGCUGCCCCUGAAGAUGAAGAACCGCCAAAGCCGCGAACACCUAUUGUGUUGCCACCACCACAAAAACAUUAUAAAAUUAUUUUUAUUAAAGCGCCGACACAAUUUGCUGGAUCACCACAGAUCGUUCCAGUACCACAACAAAAUGAAGAGAAAACUAUUGUUUACGUCCUUGUCAACAAACCGGAAGAUACUCAAAAUGUAGUAGUACCCAAAGUAGAACAAAGGCCACCAAUAAAACCUGAAGUUUACUUUAUCAAAUACAAUAACAAAGAAGGAUCUAAAGCUGUUAUCGAUAAUAUUGUUAAAGAUUACAAUAAAGAUCAGUCUAUUAGUUUUACAAAUAUUGCAACGGGAGUGGCACCACCAUCCCCUGUCCUCUCUGGAACUUUUGGUGCAGCAGGUUCUCAAAUCAACAGUGCUAGUGGAGGGACCUCGGCUGCACAAAAUUCAGCUGAUUCUGGCUUUAGUGCUUUGAAUACGCAAUCCAGUUAUGAAUCAAAACCUUUAGGUAUUAGCACCUCCGGAAUUUCAGACGGAACAUUGGCAUCUACGCUUGUUGAUGGUUAUAACAGUGCGUCUAGUGUUACCGAAUUCAAUGGUGGCACAAUCAACUCUGGUUACAACGGUGAUUCUGAAAAUACAGGAUUCAGUGGUGCAUUAUCUAACACUGGUUUCCAAAGUACAUCGAGUAGCUAUGGACUUACCAAUGCUGGUGGAGCAGUAUUGAGUGGUGAGUCUGGUGGCUCUGGGUUCAGCUCUAUUACUAACGCGGCAUCGAAUGGCAAUGAGUACAGCACGGUCAGUGGAAUAUUGACCUCAACGGGUGGGGCCCAAUCUGUUACAGGCUCCGAAUACAACGGCGGUACAAUUUCAACUAGUCAAGGUUUACCUCACGAAACAUAUGGCAUACCUAAAUUCAGUGCAUAAAUUAUAACUAAGUUGGGUUUAAGCCGGCAUACCUAAAUCAUUUUUCUAACACUUAUAAUAAUAAUAUCAUUUGUACGUACCCAACGUACAUAGAUAUUAUUAUUAUAAGUGUGUAAACUUUUUCAUUUAUUAUUUAUGAAUAAAUGAUAAGUAAGUUAGUCACAUAACAACGAAAAUAUUUUGUAGCCACGUUGCCAAGCUUCAAUGUGUAUUUAAGUAAGAAGCAGGUCCCUAAAUAAAUAUAAACUGUCCUAGUUAA